AUGGUCGAUGCGCAGCAAUCGAGCAGCCAUGCGCGCCGCCACAAGACGUCCAUGGCCUGCAAUUACUGCCGGGUGAAGAAGAUCAAAUGUGAUGGUGCGCACCCAUGUGCGAAUUGCAAAGAUCACGGCAUGAGUUGUGCCUUUGCAGCUACACGACGUCGCCACACCGCCACCACCAAUGCCAGCGCUCGCGCGGAUGAAAUCCUGCGUCUGCGAGACCGCCUAUCACGCGUCGAAUCCCGGUUGCCUGUCGCUGGUCAACCCCCAGCUGCCUUCGUGCACACAUUCAGUGCUAAUAUGGAUCCCCUUCCGCCUGCAACUUCCGUCCCGGGCACCAAUGAAGGUCGACAGGCGAGUCAUCACAUCGUACUUCAAUCGCCAGAAGCCUCACCAGUACCACAAGUCUCACCCAGUGUACCAGUCAUCGAGCGCAACGCCUCUGGGCUGGACAAUGUGGGAAAACGACUACAUGUUGAAGCUGAAGAGGCCUUAUCGCUCCCCAAUGCGAGCGACUCAUGGCCUACGAUAUUAUCACCACUUUGCAACAAUAACUACGACAUUUGUGCCGGAUCCAAUGUACCCAACGAAAUGAACCCGAUCUUGACACCUUCCGCCACGUUGAACACAGAGCCGCAUGAAGACGACGGCAGCUGUAUCUGUCCGCCAGAAGAAGAGCCCACGUUCGAGUAUCAUGGUCCGGGUUCCUUUCUCGACAUCUGUUCGCGCGCGGGUGUCGAAUGGGUGACGGAGAAGUGCGGGGAUUCUUCUUUCCGUGCUAUGACCCAGAAACUCACGACCGACAUCUCCCAUCGCUUGAAGCUGCCUUCCUCCGCUUUCGCAAGAGAGAGGGAGCCGGAUCCUGACGAAACCAUGGCGUGGAAAUAUACCCAAGCCUACUUUAAUGGCGAUCCAUAUGCGAGCUAUGGCUUAAUUGGUCGGGACAGAUUUGAAGCGAGGCUUCGGGUUCAUUAUAGCCCUCAAGAUAAUCCAUCCUGCUCCGAAUCAGAUUCCGAUUGCUUAUUGACCGCUUCAUCGACUUCGCUUAGCCAGGAACAGUUUCUGCAGUCCCGCAGCUGGAGCUAUUUCCUCAACGCAUUGUCGGUUCACAACGAAAUGAUGUUCUGUCACUCAAGCCUGUCGACUAUCGAGGCUCUAGCGGCUAUGACCUUCUAUGUGGAGGGCGUAGCGUGCCCCUCGCUCGAUUUCAUGCUGUGCUUGGACGCUAUGAAACUCGCCCUUUCGAAGGGUUUUCAUCGCAAGCCUCCGCGCGCAUGGAACCUUGCACCCCACGUGAUUCGGUCUCGCUCAACGCUGUGGUGGGCGAUAUACAGCUUUGAACGUGUCAAUGCUUUCCGAUCUGGGCGACCCCUGGCCAUCUGCGAUGAGGAAAUUACUUGUCAACUGCCUUCCGAAGUAUGGGUCGAUGCUACCCCAGCAGUACAACUACUCACUAGCGCAACACGCCUCUCCCGUCUGCUGGGUGAAGUGACACGACGGUACACACAGCUCAGAUUGAGGAAACCCACAUUGCAAGAGGUCUCUGAGAUAUUAGCUGAUUUCUGCUCACAGCGAGACACGUUGUGGAACGAAUUGCCGGCGUAUGUUUCGCAGAACAAGCGAUUACCGACAGGAGCAGAAAAACAGCAAGUGCUCUACCAACACUAUACUCAUUUUGGAGUGCUUAUGCGUAUUCACUCCAUUCUUAUACACCCCUGGAAUGCAAUAUCCAUCAACUUACAACCAGAAGAGCGAGACCGGUAUGCUGCGCUAAAGGCAGAAAGCACAUCCAUCUGUAUCGAAGCUGUAAGGACCUUCAUCAGGGAUUUGCCACAACUCGACAUCGAUGUAUCGUCUCCCAAGUGGCUGGUAUUCCUCUAUCCACUGAUGGCGCUGGUGCAUCUAUUUACGCACAUCGUGCAGUACCCCUAUUCCCCAACAGUGUCAUCCGAUAUUGCUCUCAUGCAUGUCAUUGGAGGUCACUUCAACUUCCUGGAAUAUGCAAUCAGUGAUAUGACAUGGCCUUUCGUGCGCGAGAUAGCCAAUCUGACCCGGAGAUAUGUGCACAAAGCCAACAAGGAAGUUACGAGUAUCGUCAGAUCCGAUAAUGGGCACCAACCGAUCGCAGAUACGAGGAGGUUUGACAACUAUGAGUCGCAGGCACCCUUCGAUGAUAUUCUCAAUCAGCUAGACCUCGAGAGCGAGGAAUGGGGUACUAUCUUUGGCUGGCCAGAUCUCGAGUUACCACCUUCAUUAUAG